CAAAAAAAAUAAACACUCCGGAGCAACAACAACGCGAGCUCUCGCUAAAAGUAUUAAAUUGUCAAAGGAUAAUUAGUUUAAUUUAUUUAUUUUUUUAUUUAUAAACAUAUGAGAAGCCUGAAAGCUUCUUAAAGUGAAAUAAAAGAGGUGGAAAUAUGAUUUUUUAGUUCAGAAACGAAACGACAACAGCGCGUCGCGUAUUUAUUGAUUCGCAAAGGCUAAUUUUAAGCCAUAACCCAAGUGCUAACUAAACAAUAAAAACUCAAUAAAAUUUAAAUAAAAUCUUGGCUAAAAAAUCAAAUAUAAUUGAUGUAAAAUUUAACAAAUCUAUAUAAUUAUUAAAAAUUAAUUAUCAUUAGCGUGGGUGAGAGAAUACGCGUGUUCUUGUGAGCUCCUUUUAAGGAUUAAAGUAAACACCGCCUGGUAUCUGUGUGUGUGUUUGCCUGAAAAAAGUUAUUAACAAAAUCUGGUUUCAAAAAAGAUGUAGAAAUUAAGUUACGAGGAAGAAUUAGUGAGAGUAACUAGUCCACUUACAAGGAUGUCGUUCAAACUAUUCCGCCGCGGCUCGGCGAGAUGCAUUGGCCUCCUGUCGGCCUUUGUGACGAUCCUCCUCUGCCUCUACUACAUCUCCAUUGGCCAGCCCAAUCCUGCGCCCAUCACCGGCACUGGCCCGCCUACAGCAGCCCUGCGGGGCUCGCCAAUCAACGGCCUCUCUGCAUUUAGCGUGGGAGGAGGUUCCUCCUCAAUGCAAGUCCCUAAGACGCACGUCAGCAUCCCCUCAAAUACGAGGAGAGUCUCCCAGGAGGACUUCACCAACCGGCAAUGGGGCAACAAGUGCUAUGAGCUGCUCCAGAGCGACACCAACAUAACAGCCAGGGAAGAGCACAGCAAGUUUGACUUUCAGCCCGAGUGGAUGCGCUCCAAGGAGUAUUGGGAUCGUGGCUUCGAGGAGCGCUUCGAGGCCCAGAAAAAGGACAAGCAGCGACCUCCACUCAAGAUCAUAGUGGUGCCGCACUCCCACAACGAUCCUGGCUGGCUCAAGACAUUUACCAACUACUUCCAAUCGGACUCCCGGCAGAUUCUCAACCUGCUGGUGACCAAGAUGCAGGAGUACACCGACAUGACAUUCAUCUGGUCGGAGAUCAGUUUCCUGCAGCUGUGGUGGGAUCAGGCUCAUCCCACCAAGCAGCGGGCUCUGAAGCGACUGAUAGACUCCGGACGGAUAGAGAUCACCACCGGAGGAUGGGUGAUGACGGAUGAAGCGAAUGUUCACAUAUAUCCUAUGCUGGAUCAGCUCAUCGAGGGACACCAAUGGCUGAAAAACAACCUAAACGUUACCCCGAAAGUAGGAUGGUCCAUCGAUCCUUUCGGGCAUGGGAGCACUGUGCCCUAUUUGCUCUCCGGAGCCAACUUCGAAGGAGCAAUCAUUCAGAGGAUUCACUACGCCUGGAAGCAGUGGUUCGCCCGCCAGCAGUCUGGUGAUUUCAUUUGGAAGCCCUACUGGAGGAGCCGGAGUGGCAGUGACAAGGGCAGCCUCCUCACCCACAACAUGCCAUUCGAUAUAUACUCGAUCAAGGGUUCCUGUGGUCCCCACCCGUUUAUCUGCUUGAACUUUGACUUUCGGAAAAUACCCGGUGAGUACACGGAGUACUCGGUCAAGGCGCAGUUCAUCACCGACGACAAUCUGGAGUCCAAGGCACAGCUUCUCCUGGAGCAGUACGCCAGAACUGCGUCUCUGUUCCCGCACAAUGUGGCCCUUAUCCCGGUGGGCGAUGAUUUUCGUUACAACAAAGAGCGUGAGGUGGACCAGCAAUACCAGAACUACAAGAAACUGAUUGACCACAUCAUGGCCAACAAAAGGCUGUACAACACGGACAUCCGCUUCGGCACACCAAGCGAUUACUUCGAGGCCAUCAAGGAACGAAUGAAGGAGCAUACCCCAAGCUUUCCCAGCUUCAAGGGCGACUUCUUCGUUUACUCGGACAUUUUCUCGGAGGGCAGGCCAGCCUACUGGUCGGGCUACUUCACCACCAGACCAUUCUACAAGCUUCUGAGCUCCGAGCUGGAGCACCAGCUCAGGUCCACCGAGAUUCUAUUCACCCUCGCUUACAACACUGCUCGUCAGGCCAAACGUGAAAACGCCAUAAAGAUUUAUGAGAAGAACUACGAGCUGAUCAUCAACGCCAGGCGAAAUCUCGGCCUGUUCCAGCACCACGAUGCCAUUACUGGCACUUCCAAGGCGGCGGUGAUGCGCGACUAUGCCAUGCGGUUGUUUGAGAGCACCCAGAACAUGGUAAAGAUGCAGGAGUCCUGCAUGGAACUGCUGCUGCAGAAGGGUACACCGCGGCAUCAUGGCUUCCUCUUGAGCGAAUUCGAGCGGGACAACUUCAACAAGCUGCCCCGGAAAAUGCCCAUCCAGAUGGUGAGCGGCGAUGACUCCACACCCACGACCACGGCUGCUGGAGGAGGAGCAGCGACUGCCGGAUCUGUGGGCAGCUUCAUUAUGUACAACUCUCUUGCCCAGAAGCGUCUUGAAAUAGUCACGUUGCGGGUUCAGCAUCCGAAUGUGAAGAUCCUCAACGACCAGGGCGUGGAGUUGAGCCACAUUCAGAUCAAUCCGGUGUGGAACAUAGCGGAUGCUAACGACCAGGGGCUGGGCACGACUGCCUCGGGAACUGGACGGAUUCGCACCUCGACCCGUCAGUAUGAGGUGAUGUUUGUAGCCGAGCUGGAGCCACUCUCCCUAACCACUUACCGCGUUCAAGUGGACGAGACCAACUACAAGCGGAACGUUGCCACAAUAUACUGCGAUGAUUGCACGGAGCAACCUUCAGUAGUAUCGAGAGCACCUGGAGAACCAGAACCUUCGUCAGGUGCUGUUUUUGAAUCGCGAGCCAAGCCAGCGGGCGACAUCCAGCUGGAAAAUCCCCACAUGCGCCUGCUGUUCGAUGAGAAGAGCGGUUUUCUGAAGAGCAUCACCCGGAAAAACCAGAAGAAAGAGCUUCUGAAGCCCCUGCAGUGCAACAUCAAGUUUGCUGCUUACCGAAGCGCCCAGUUCCACUCCGGAGCGUAUCUCUUCAAAACGGAUCCCGAGCAGAGCGAGGCGGAAAAGGAGGUGCUCGAAGACGAUGCGGACAUGCGCAUAAUUAUCACUUCCGGACCCAUAGCCAGUGAUGUGACCGUCAUCUACGGCCAGUUCCUGGCGCACACUGUUCGCAUUUUCAACACCCGGACUCACCUGGAUGCAGCCAUCUACUUGGAAAACGACAUCGACUUUGAACCACCGCCCAAGAACCGGGAGACGGAGCUGUUCAUGCGUCUGGUCACAAACAUAGAUAACAUUGCUCAGACACCCCUGCCGAGGGAUCCGCUCAAGGAACCAGCGGAGCCGGGUCCCAUACCCGAACUGCCCAUCUUCUACAGCGACCAGAACGGGUUCCAAUAUCAUGAACGCAUCAAAGUGCCCGCCAUUGGCAUCGAGGGAAACUAUUUCCCCAUUACUUCGGGCGCCUUCAUCCAGGACACACGUCUUCGCCUCACCCUGCUGACGACUCACGCCCAAGGAGCUGCCAGCUACGAGCCUGGUCAGCUGGAGGUGAUGCUGGACCGGAGGACCCUCUACGACGACUACCGCGGAAUGGGCGAGGGCGUGGUGGACAGUCGGCUGACCCGCCACAAGUUCUGGCUCCUGGUGGAAGACAUACCCGGGGGUCAGCACGUGGUGCAGCCGCCUAGCUACAAGGUGCUCAGUCAGCAGGCCCAGCAUCUGGCCAAUACGCUGCGCUACCCGCCGAAUCUCUACUUUGUGAAUAGCUUGGAGCAGCCGGAUUUGGCCGCAACGCUGGUGCCGCUGGUGAAGCUCUUGCCCAAGGGAGCCCUGCCCUGCGACGUGCACCUGACCACCCUGAGGACGCUCUCGGAUCCGGAGCUGCAGCUGUUCCCGUCCGCCUCGGCACUGCUGGUGCUGCACCGCCAGGGAUUCGACUGCAGCGUCAGUGCCGGCGCUGAGCUCGGUCUGGAGAACGUGUGUCCCUUGUCCAGCAAGGGAAUGGGCAACGUCCAACUCGGUCGGUUGGCGCUGCAGACCAUCGAGGCCAGCAGUCUUACGGGGAUGGAGCAGAAGCCGUCAAAGGAGAGCAUACGCUCCCUGUCCGAGAUAAGCCUCGAGCCGAUGGAGCUGCGCACUUUCAAUCUCACGUUCCGCGCGGAAGUGUGAAGCAUCUCGGAUAGUGGCGGAUAGAUUCAUUGUAUUUAUUUGUGGCUUAGUUAUAGUGAUUAGUUUUAAGCGCAGGUUGCAAAGUUCUCAGCUUUAUUUAGCUCUCGUCUAAAGUCUGUCUCUCCAACAGUUUUGAAAGUACAAAGCACACGACAUAGGUACAUUUAUAGAUACAUAGGGUGGGUAGAUAUUUUUUUUUAAUUAUUAUUUUUUUUUAGUCAAUGAGAGUGGAGUAGUCUAGAACUAAGAACAAUUUUGAAAUCAAUUCGUCUUGGAGACUGUGUAAUAUUUUUAAAAUUAAUGACCAAAAUCAACCAUUUUUCAUUUGUGAUAAGUCCUUCUUGUUCUAACGGAAGCUCGAUACUGAAUCUCGAGAAAUAAUUAUUAUUUUCUGGACAAAUCCACCCACCCGAGGCAUGAACACAAACACACAGGGAAACCUACAAUAGGCCAAAACCAAAAACUCAAAACGACUGCAUUCCGUUUAGAUAAUCUCCCCCAGAAACGUGCAAUAAUCGCACUAACUAAGCGGCGCGAUGGAAAUGAUGUAGAGUAGCCUAAGAAGUAGCUUGAUUUAGAUGGAAAUAUUUAGACAGCAUAUUAGAUAAAUUUUCGUUGCGCGAUUUGCGUUAUUAUUGAGUUUUUUUUUAGACUGAUUAGCCUAAAGCAGUUGCAAAAUUUAAACACACUAAUCCCAUUCACUAUCUCAAGCCUAGACAUAAUUAAAAAAAAAACUAACAGAAUCGAAUCGAUAUAUCGAGUGUGAGGCCCUGAAAUGUAGGAUGUAAGUUUUAAAUCAGCAACUUAGUGGGGUAGCGAAAGGAUAAGCCAAAUAUAACAUUACAUUCACUAGAAAUAUUGUACAUAGUCGUAUAGGAUUUGCAGGCACGGUAAAAAUAGCUCUAAUAAACGAUAAUCCACUUAGGCAUAGGCCCCCGGUCGAGACGUAUUCUAGGGUCAUUCAAAUAGUUACUACAUUCAAUCCAAGCAAGACAUCACCCCUAGGAUACCGGAUGGUGUGGGCAGAGCAGGAUAACUAAUGACGAACGGAUACAAAGGAUUUGUGUAUUUAUUUACGAAAAACUUAUUACAUUAUAUGUAAUUUUAUGGAAACUAAAUAAUAAAGUAUUAAAUGAAACCAA